AUGGCUGUGUUUCUUUUCACCGUGGCUCUCAUGGCCGUGGCGUGUCCCUCGCUGGCGUUUGACAUGGGACAGUCCACUCGCUGCGUCGCCAUCCCCAACCAGAUGAAGGUCUGCAAAGACGUCGGAUACUCAGAGAUGCGUUUGCCCAACUUUCUGGGCCACAGCAACCUAGAGGGCGAGGUGGUGCCGCGGUCGGAGGACUGGAGGCCCCUGCUGCAGACGGGCUGUCACCCUCAAGCCCAGGCCUUCCUCUGCUCCCUCAUUGCCCCUGUCUGUCUUGACACUUUUAUUCAGCCUUGUCGUAGCCUGUGUGUGGCGGUGAGGGACAGCUGUGCCCCGGUUCUUGCCUGCCAGGGACACCCGUGGCCUGAGGCCCUGGACUGCGACCGCUUCCCUGCUGAGGAAGACAUGUGUCUGACUCCCCACGCAAAAUACAGCCACCUAGCUAAAGGCUUACCCAAACCUGCCUGCCAAAACUGUCCUUCUGUGGAAGACUCUCCCGCAAUGAGAACAGUCCUGGACGCUUUCUGCCGCCAUGACUUCGCUGUGACCGCCAAAAUUCACCGCCUCCGUCUGCCUAACGGAGAGCCAGAAUUCGAGGUUCUGGGCCGGGUGGAGUUCAUCCGCCAGGGGCCCCUGUUGCCUUACGACACCCAGCAUCUGCUCCACCAGUGGCUCCUCAUCAACCUGGGCUGCGCCGACGCCCUCGUGCGCCCCGGCCGCUCUCAGCUCUACGUGCUGACCGGCUCCGUGCAGCCGGACGGCACGCUCGCCCUCACUCGCCUCUUCCCUUGGCACAGAAAGGACGCAAACAUCGCGGUGGCCACUCGCAAGUGGAAGCACCACAGGUGUUGAAUGGACUCAAAAUCCCGUCUGCGAUUCUCUCACUUGAAUGGCACACUGUUUGGGACGAAGUCAAGGGGGGAUUUUGAGGGGAAGUUGGCUUUGGAGGGGCCUUUGUAAAGGAAGAUGAAUAUGAGGACAGAGCUGGACUCGACGGUUGCUCCCCUCAGAGGCUCACGGCCUCCUCCUUCUUUGUUAGCACGCUGUAAUAGGAUGCACUCGAACCUGUACAUAGUAUUAAUAAAUGUAAAUUGAUAGUAGAGUAUAUUUUCUAUAAGGAUAAU